CGCUCCCGUCGGCGAGGCGGCGCGGCGCGUGUCUUCGCCCUCGCAGUGUUUUGAACGGUUUCUAAUUUUAAGACAGUCCGAGAACACCGCUGAUAGCCCGGUACUUCCCCCGGGGCAAACCGGGACGAGCGGGACGGCGAGAAUGGACUCGGGAGACUACUUAUCCACUAUGGAUCCAACGUUAUCGGAGCUGGGGGACGAGUUCACCCUGGGGGACAUCGACGAAAUGCUGCAGUUUGUUAGUAACCAGCCUGACUUUCCCGACCUGUUUGAGGAGCAGAUGGGAUGUGGAUCCCUGCAGUCUGGGGUAGGAGGCCCUGUACGCUCCACUGCCCAGCCGGCCCCCACCGCUGCGCACCAACUGAGCUCUGUGGCCCUGACGCCUGCCGUAGCCACGCCCACUUUGGCCCUAACCCCGCCAAACACACCCAUUCAGACCAUCGCAGCAAGCCAGCAGCUCCGCACACCACACCUGCUCCAACCCCGCCUACAGGUGGCAGCGGGGACGGUCCCUCUGCAGACGCAGACUCUGGCGAUGUCGUCUCCAGCUUUCCCCGUGCAGACGCAGACACUGGCCCUGCAGGCACACACUCACACGCAGGCGCAGACGGUGAUGCUCACACCCACGGCAACACAGUCUCGCUUCAUACAAAACCCUGUCAUCUGCCACCAAAGCACCAGCUCCGGCAUCCAGGUCCUCCAACCACAGGUGCAGAGCAUUGUGACAUCACCGCAGGUUCAACCAUUGACCAUCCAGCACCAACGUGUGUUGACCCCUGCUGGUCAGACAAUCCAAACCCUCUCCACAGCGCCCACUGCUGUCCACACAGUGUCACCACAGGUGCAUCAGGUCCCUGUACUGGUGCAUCAGCCCCAGAUUCUGAAGACGGACUCACUGGUUCUGACCACACUGAAGCCUGAUGGAACCCAGGUUUUGUCCACCAUGCAGAACCCAGGGGGCAUCACCACUCUUACCACCCCACUCCAGAGCACCGCCCUGCAGGUCCCUACACUGGUGGGCAGUAAUAUUCUCACAACUGUUCCAGUUGUUAUGGGCAGCAAUGACAAGCUGCCAAUCAAACAGCUCCCAUCAGCCCCUGCUCACAGCGGGGGCAUGGCCAGGACGGUGGUGGAGCAGAGUACAGCAGUCGCCGUAGGAACAGGCGGCCCCCUGAAGGAGGGUGAGAGGAGGACCACACACAACAUCAUCGAGAAGCGAUACCGCUCGUCCAUCAAUGACAAGAUCCUGGAGCUGCGUGACCUCGUCAUGGGCAAUGACGCCAAGAUGCAUAAGUCAGGUGUGCUGCGUAAGGCAAUCGACUACAUUAAGUACCUGCAGCAGGUGAAUCAUAAGCUGAGACAAGAGAACCUGGAACUGAAGAUGAAGAAACACAAGUGUGUGGUGGAUGAGGUGGACAUGAAGGCGGAGUCAGUCAUGACUCCGCCCCCCUCAGACUCCGGAUCCGCUUCCCCUCCUGAGUUCUCUCCCUUCUGCAUCGAUUCAGAACCAGGCAGUCCACUACUGGAGAACGAACAGCUGAAGAGUGAGCCCGGCUCCCCCUCCUCAGUGGGCGUAAUGGAUCGGUCCAGAGUGCUGCUGUGUGCGCUCACCUUCCUGUGUCUGUCUCUGAACCCCCUGCCAUCUCUGCUGGGCUCUGAUGAGCGCAGCACCCCCUACUGGCCCAGUGGGGAAGGACACGGCCCCUCCAGAUCUCUCGUCUGGCUACCUGCUCAGACCCAGAGCUUCGCAUCGUGGCUGUGGUUGGUGUUGCCAUGGGUGACGGUAUGGGUGCUGAGUGGAGUGGGUGUGGUCUGGGGGUGUGUGAGAGUUCUGUAUCUAUGGGAACCAGUCACACCCCUACACUCCCCUACCUCAGUGCUGUUCUGGAGACACCGCAGACAGGCCGACGCCCACCUGCACAGGGGGGAUUAUUGUACUGCAGUGGUAAGUCUGGAGACCUGUCUGUCUGUAUUAUCCCGAGCUCUGCCCACCACCACCCUCGACCUUGCCUGCUCCAUCUCCUGGAACCUGAUUCGCUACUGCCUGUACAGGCCCACCCCUCUGGGCUGGCUGGUGCGUCUGGUUGCCGGGAAGCAUGAAGGGGAGGAGUCUCAGACCAGCUCUCGGGAUGCAGCUUUGGUCUACCAUAAGCUUGGCCAGCUGCAGCUUACAGGUAAACUGUCAGAGCGAAGUGCAGCGUGGGCGGUGUGUGUGUGUCUGAAUGCGGUUAAUCUGAGUGAGAGUGCGCGGGGGAAGAUGUCCCCUACUGAGCACGCUCACAUCUACAUCUCUGCUGCUAUCGCCCUCCGCACUGCCCUCACAAACCACCUCACCUGCCUGUCUGGCUAUCUACUGAGCUGUGCCGAAAGUUUGGUCUGUCAGUCAGAUUCUAAGCCCCUGCCAGACAAUCUCCGCUGGCUUUUCACCCCACUGGGCAGGCAGUUUUUCUUGAGCUGCGAUUGGUCGGUGAAACCGAAGAGCAGUGAAGGGGUGUACACAUCUGAAAGAAAUCAGGUGGAUCCAGUCGCACAGCUUCAUCGCUGUUUCUGUGAGAAACUUCUAGAAAGAGCUGUACACACUCUCAUCCAACCACACAGUGACACUGAGACCCCCAAACGCAGAGAUGAGACCGGAGAGUUUAGUGGUGUUCUGGAGUUUCUACAGCUGUUGAACAGUUGUACUGAAGACUCCGCCUCCCCCACGCCUCCAUUCCCAGCUCUAGCCAAUGAGAACCCAGUUUCAGUGGCAGACCCUGUGUGUCGAUGGUGGGCGUCGGUCUUAAAAGCGGCUGUUCAUUGGCUGCAGGGUGAUGACACGGCAGUGAGGUCCCUGCUUGCAGAGGCAGAGCGAAUGCCCAGAGCAUUACACUCUUUAGACCACCCGCUGCCGAAGGCCAUGUUGGCCCUGUGUAAAGCAGUGCAGAUGAGUGUCUGUCCACAGAAGGACGAGGGGACGCUGAGCUGCUACACACACUGCGAACGAGCCAGCACUCUCCUACACAACAGCAUCUCUCACACACACACCUACACUUGGCUACACAAGGGUGUGCAACUGCUCAUCUGUGACCUCUUGUUGACCCUGAGAACCAGCCUAUGGCAGCGUGGAAAUGGGUCUAAUGCAGAGCCAGGUCCCGCCCCUGGAUCCCAGUUGGCUGGUUUCCAGAGGGACCUCAGUUCAUUGCGUAAACUGGGUCAGGGCAACCCCCAGAUUCAGCAUAAGGUGUUUCUUCAUGAGACUACAGUGAGGUUAAUGGCAGGAGCAAGUCCCACCCGAACACACCAGUUACUGGAGCACAGUCUACGACGCAGAACACACGCGCACACAGAAGGUGUGUGUGUUGCAGGGGAGAGGGAGCGAGCGCAUGCCAUCCUGCUGGCCUGUCGGCACCUGCCCCUGCCCCUGCUGAGUCCUCCAGGACACCCCGCGCGCAUGCUGGACGAAGCCAAGCGCACACUGGAGAGAGUGGGGGACCACCGCACACUACACGACUGUCAACACGUCCUCCUGAGGGGGACCGCCCUGGCAGCCUCGUAAACACACACACCUCACUGUAUAUAAGCUGUACAUAGCUUUGCAAACAUCAGGUCUUAAAUAGAGUUUAAUAGAUUUACUGCACCAGUACAUGAGAGGGUGGGAUGGAGAGAUGAC